AUGUUCCGAAACUUUACUAGCACACUUGCGGCGGUGAAUGCGGGCGGGAAGAAGGACGAUGCAAAGAAGAGUAUAUCGCCCACCUUGCGUACAGAUAUAUACAGCGCGAUGGACCAGACGAAAGCGUGGCUGGGUGGAGAGGGAGGAGGGGGUCAAGCAGGGGAUGGGGUGUCGUACGGGUCGAUUGUGUCGACUAUCCAGAAACACUUCCCAGAUAUCACAGUGGGACUCGACUCUGUGGGGCAAGCAGAGGGGGAGGUGGCGAUCGUGGUCGGGGGCGUUACGAAUAUGAUACUGGAGAUGAGCAAGUGGGACGGGAUGGCCGGGGGCAUGGCCAUGCGCACGUGGGUCGACACCCUCAGCGACGCCCACGGGAGGAUUAGCGCCGACCGCGGCGGGGUUAAGAUAUCCAGAAAGGAGCUCGUCGGUCGGGGCAUUACCCGUGGAGUCAAUCAGUUGACCGAUGUAACGCUCAUGACAAGAGAGUUUGCCGCCAGAAUACAGAUCAUAUCCCUCUUAAAGAGUGUAAACACUAAAAUACACGGGACUGGAAGCGACCAGGCCAGACAGGGUGAGGCGCUCUGGAGCUCAAAGUUUAUUUGA